AUAAAGGGUAAAAGCAGAAAUUUACAAUUUGCCAAUUCUCGAAUCGAAAGUCGAGUCGAAGUUUGCGGGAUCUACAAUUCGGAUCGAAUGAUUCACGAUCAUGAAUACCUCGAUUACCUUUUUACUUUUAACAUUUCUUUGUGUGUGCUGCGAAGAUCAAGUGAAAUGCAAUUUGAACAAUUAUCACAAUGUCCAGAUUAAUUCGAGCGACAUCAUUGAUGAAUUCAAUUCAUCGUUAAAUUUUGUUAAUCAAUCGACGUACAAAAUGAUAAACAAGAUCUUUUGCUUUAUCGAUUCGAUUCUCUCCGAUGUAAAAACGAUAAAUCACUUGUUCCAACUCAAAAUGACGAACAACAAUCUUACACAAUCAUACUUCAAAAUCGAUUGCCCAAAACGAAAAUAUCGAAGAUCGAUAUUUGGCAUAGAAGAAUCGAAUAUCCAAUAUCCGAUGAAUGAUUUGCUAUCGUCGAUUAUAUCGAUUGCAGAUGUCGCUAUCAAGCCAAUAUCCUGGACUUCGAAUCAAGUAUUAAAUUUAAUAUAUAAGUUUAUAAUGAAUGUAGUGCUUCCCUGGCUCUAUCGUUUUCUCAAUGAAAUCAAAAAAUUAAACAUUCUGCCCUCACGUUUGAACGAUUUAAUCGAAUUAUUUAACAACAUUUAUUAUCUUAUGAAACUUUUUGGUUACAUUAACUGAUUCUCCUAAUUUCUAAUCUCGUUGCCAUUGUAUGUUUUGAAAUUUUUUGAACUUUUUUAUGAUAUUUUUCAAUGGGAAAAACAGAAAAUGUAAUUUUGCCAACAUAAUAAAAUUAAAAUUGAUAAAUCAAUAAGUACAAACUAGUGUUUAAGUAGCUCUAAUAUUUUUAGUUAAAAUAUCUAAAAUAUAUUGAAAUAUAGAUAUAUUGAAAUGUAAA